AUGGGCCUGGGGUUGAAGCGGUUAAAACCGGUCAGAUUGGUGACAACUCGCUUUAAACAGUGCAAGUUAACCUUUUUAAGUGGAAACUACAAAGGGAAGUCACAAAAUCUGCGUAAUGACUCUGAUUGUGGAUUCUGGAUAGGACGAAAUCUAGAUGGCUCAAUGACCAUUGGUGCUGCCUAUGAUGGAUGUUAUGUCAGAGAAGAGCAUGGAGAUUACGUGAUGACUGUUCUUGUGGAGCAUAUUAAGAAUGGUCAAGUGAAACAUCAUAAAAAGGAUAUAAAGUGCCCUGCCUUACCAGCUUUGGAUGCUCCAAGCUCUAGUGACUGUGCUGCUGUUCAGAGAAGUGAUCGUAUAGAAUGUGCCAAUUCCUCUGUCCCUCAGGACGUCUGUGGACAACUAGGAUGCUGCUUCUCUCCUGGAGACCUGCCUCAUUGUUAUUAUGGAAACAAAUUGACCGCACGCUGUACUGAUGAGGGUCAGGUUCUGAUUGUCCUCUCUAAGGAGCUGAUGCAGCCAUCGUUGAUCUUGGAAUCUGUUCUUGUCCUUGGUGUGGAUUCCUCAUGCCCCCAGAUGAAAACUUCAAACAAUUCCGCUUUUAUAAUUGUUCAAUUUCCUCUUUCUUGUGGUGGAGGGAGUCGGGUUUCUGGUACCUCUACUAUAUAUGAAAACACAGUUGAAGCAACUGUGGGUGUUAAAACAUGGCAAGGCUCCUCAUUCACAACAGACAGUACAAUGAGGUUGACUGUUCGCUGUAGCUAUUCACAGACCAGUAAUGUCCCAUUCAAAGUUGAAGUGCUCACACUGCAACCACCCCAUCCUGUAUCUACUACUGGACCUCUGCAGCUGGAGAUGAGAAUAGCUAAAGAUGUGGACUAUGCAAAAUACUACACGGAGAAUGAGUAUCCUGUGACAAAAAUUCUUCAAGAUCCUGUCUUCUUGGAGGUCCGUAUAAUGAGCAGAACAGAUCCAAGCCUGGUCCUAAUGUUGGAUGACUGUUGGGCCACUUCCACUCCAGAUGCCACCCAACAAGUCCAGUGGCCUAUACUUAUAAAUGGAUGUGCUCUUCGUGGAGACAACUAUAUGACUGGGCUACUCAAAGUUGGAGCUCCCUCACAGUCUGUACCGUACCCAACACACUAUCAGCGUUUUGUUAUAAGCACCUUCACAUUUGUGGAUCCAAAUGACCAACAUUCUCUUGGCGGACUGGUGUACGUUCACUGCAGAGCUGUUGUAUGUGACCCAUCUGCUACAGAAUCCUGCAGUACUUUCUGUGAUCAAAGAAAAAAGCGAGACAUCAAGAAAAGUGGUGAGAAGAUCACUGUAAGCAAAGGUCCUGUUAACUUCAUUGACUUGGAAAUGCCAUCACACAUGAGAAAUGACCUGUCUCUUAGCACUCAAGCUGGGGACAUGUGGGAUUACAACACGCAAAAUGAGACAUCUGAACCAGACUUUGUUGGUGCUGAAAAGGAAGACCCUAUGGAUGGGGGAUUAAUUGGCAUGGGCAAGAAUUUUCCCAGGAGAGUCAAAGGUUUUGAUUCAGAUUCAUCCACCCUGAUGUGGCUCAGAGCAGCGGCUGUAGGAGGAGGGUUCCUUGCUGUAAUCGUUGCAUUACUUGGUCUCCGGCGGUGUCAUAGGAGUCGGACCCCUACCAUGUACUCUGUAAGAAUAUGA